UUGACAUUUAUUUCUAAAAGGUUGAGGUUAUUUUAGUACGAAAACUGUGGUUGAUGCUAGAAAUUCAAUUUUUUACUGAAAUUUGUAGUAUUUUUAUAACCAAAAUAUGUCUGUCGAGGAGAAAUUGAAACAAGGUCCAAGAGAAGGAAUCACUUACCCCUUACAAGUAGUGUAUUGCGGUAAUUGUUCAAUGCCAAUUGAGUACUGUGAGUACUAUCCCGAGUAUGAAAAGUGCAAGCACUGGCUAGAAGUUAAUUUACCAUCAGAAUUCGAAAAAGUAAAAAUUGGCGAUGAUAAUCCGGUCGAGGAAGAAAAGAAAAGACAGAAACGCGGAGGCAAGGGUAUGAUCAAAACCAAAAAAAAGGAGGAUGGUCCCAAACAGGUUUGUGUUUCGAGAGCUCCAAGAGGCAAAAAGAAGUCUGUUACUGUAGUUACAGGAUUGAGUAGUUUUGAUAUUGAUUUGAAAGUGGCAGCCAAAUUCUUUGGUACAAAAUUUGCAUGUGGUUCAUCAGUCACAGGUGAUGAUGAAAUUGUUAUUCAAGGAGAUGUUAAAGAUGACUUGUUUGAUGUUAUUCCAGAGAAGUGGCCUGAAAUUGAUGAGGAUCUCAUUGAAGACUUGGGUGACCAAAAGAGAUAAACUAUUUAUAUUUUUUUAAGAUUAACUUCUAAGUCAUAUUAACAAAUUAAACUAUUUGUUUGC